CACUCGGGCAUAUUAUAUGUGAAGAUUUACCGACUACCCAAAAUUGUCCGCUUGUUCUAUCUAAACCUAGACAGUGAUAUUUUUGAUUACACUUUUCUGGACAACAUAUCAUCAUGCCUCUGUCGUGGAUUUUUAGACGCCACCAAAGGCUGAAGGAAGAGAUGAAAGAGGAACACGAAGAGAUUCCUAAGCCGUUUGUAUGGGACGAGAGCUUCAGGGUCUACUAUGACAAUCUGGACGAAGACCACAGAAAACUUUUUCAAGGGAUAUUUAACUGUGCCAAGAAUCCGGGCAGUGCUCAAGUCCUCCUAGACACCAUACAUGUGUACAGAGACCAUUUCGUCAGUGAGGAGAGAAUGAUGAAGGAAGCGGGGUUCAGUGGCCACGACUCCCACAAGAGCCUCCACACCAAGUUCCUAGCCGAGAUGAUCUCCUUUCAACUCCCGCUGGAUGCGGAGACGCUGGAGUAUUGUAAAGACUGGCUGGUUCACCAUAUCAAGAGUGUGGACUUCAAUUAUAAAGGAAAACUUCAAUGGAAGUCAGAAAAAUAGCCAACUAGGAUUCAUGUUUAAUAUAAUAAAAUCUGAUAUAUUUUUAAGACGCCAACAAGUUUUGAUUACAUUUAAACAAAACAUGUACUGAGAUAAAUUUUAAUGAACCCUCUACCAUCCAGAGUUUUGAAUAUAACUGUGCUAAAGUUUCAAACAGAGCAACAGAUCUUUAAAUUCAAGGAAAAUACAAGAAGAUAAAUAAACGUUUAAGACAUCGAUUUAUCGUUACACAG